UGGGGAGCCCCACGACCUUAUGGCUAUUCUAGCCAGCAAUGUUGUCCACCAAGUAUGAUAUGCCCAGGUAAGUCAGUUAAUAAAUCUUAACAGGACAUGUUUCUUUUCCGCUUAACAGCGACGCGCGAUUGCUGUACUGAUUGCGAACGCGACUUCAGAUGCUCAAAUUUUGAAGUUACUAGAAUCAAAAAGGUCUCUGAUAAGUCGCUUGGACGCGCUGACACCAUUGACAUACUGGCAGAGAUUUACUCCUCAGGGUGUUCUCUUCUUUUUCGUGACCCCUAUUUCCUAUGAUACGCUAGUCUGUGCCAGACUGUCAGUAAGUACAAGCGGGCGAGCAGUGGGAAAGCGAAACAAACUGAUAUCAAUUUUCUCUUUUUCUAUUUCAGGUAAACCACCAUGUGGUUCAAACAAUGGUGGGUAUAACGGUUUCCAAGGAUACGGUAAUUAUCCCGGAUACUCCAGCUACAAGCCUCCUGUUUCCCUGAGCUUUCAGUCUCCAAUUGCGCCAACACCACCACAGUAUGCUGUCUCCAAUAAUGCACCAUCUAUCAAACACCGAACCGAUACUGCACCGAUUAAAGCGCGGCCGACCGCAGUAAAAGCAGCAACCAGAAGGAUCUCUUUUGAAGAUGGAGAGAAAACUAAGCAAAAUCCAAAAGACGCCUCGCCGCAAAUAAAACAGAUUAUUUCAGGUGUCGAUGACCAAGCGGAGUAUAACGGAACUGAUCAGAGUUACGCAGGGUAUAACGUAAGAGAAAAUGAAAAACAGUUUUACGGCGGUUUUUCUGAAGAUAGCGAUGGUAAAGGUGUGUUUCCAGAGAAAGAUGAUUCUGCUAGUGCCUCCAAAGAACAGUAUUCUUCUGCUGUACAACAACCUGAGAAAAAUGCCGACGGAAAGUUGCCAGAAAACUAUCUUCCCAAAAAUGCUGCAAAAGACACAUCACAACAAAACGAAGACGAUUCUUCUAAACCGCACGACUAUAAAGAUGAAAUCGAAAAAGAGGCCGUAGAACAGGAAAAAGAAGCUGAUGAAAAGGCCGAAAAAGAAGGGUCGGAAAAACAGGGGACCCGUCAGGACGGAAACAUCGACGAAGACGUAGACGACGAAGACGACGAUUUAGAUGAUGAAGACGACGAUGAAGAUGACGACAGCAACGAUACAAGAGAUGAGGAUGAAAAUGAUAAUGACGAUGAUGAUGACAAGGAGAAGGGACGUUUUAAUGACGACUCCAUGAAGCAAGAAAACAGAAUUGAUAAUCCUGCUGACCAGUCGUUUGCUGUUUCACCUCAAGUGCUGCCUGGAAUGUGUCCACCUUGCCGUAAGUAAUGCUGAGAAACAAAACGGAUAAAAGAGGGCGCAGAAAAUAAAAUAACGCAAUGUUGAAGUAUUCGAAAAAAACGAAGAUGUGAAGUAGACCGAUGGAGAAAAAAAUACUUUUGAGGAGUCUGACAAAUAAAUAAUGAAUUUAAACAAUUGGCUUUGAAAAAGUGAAUACGGGAUGAGUUAAUAAAUACAUCGACCGUGUUUUGGGAAACAGUGCAACAAUUUCGAUAUAUUUCAAUUUACACUUACCCCUGAGGAUUAGGGGAAAGAACGAAGUACAUGAGACUGGUCAUUACCGAAUGUAAUUAAAUUUUUUGCUUUGUUCUUUCAUUAUUUAUCAAUGAAUUGUAACACGGUGCAAUCGGCCGAUCCUAUUGAGCCAUUUGUUGGCAGUUAUCUAACAUUGAACCAAGUUCCUUGCAAACUUUAUAACUUAUAUUAAUUUUUCUCUCCGCAGCAAAACCAACAAAAGCUCAAGGUAAGAGAAAUUUUCUGUUGUAAGUUGGUACACACACCAAUAAGCCAUCGUGAGUCUGAUACACCUUUCAUAUAAUCUUAUUGAGAAAUACAUUUAUCAGCCAACAUUAUCAUAAAACUGGGCAAAAGGAUUGAUGUUGCCCUGAAUUGUCUUUUAUUGACGAUUCUUUUAAAACUACGAUUUCUGUGUAGUCUCUAAGUUAAAAUGUUAGAAAGUGUCAGUCGUAAUGUAUUUAGAUGUUGUUUUUGUGAAUCUAUUCACAGAAUUAAUCGCCGUUUAUUUCUCUUACCCCGACAGCUUGUAGUGCUAAAAUCGACCUGGCUUUCCUGGUGGACGGAUCUUCAAGUGUUGAAAGAUAUGGUGUCGGUAACUUCCGAAGAGUAAUCAACUUUGUCCGAGGUCUCACGAUGGGCUUCGCGAUCUCCCGAACCAACACUCGAGUGUCUUUAGUUGUUUACGGAACAAGACCAAAAACCAUCUUUGGUUUUCGCAGGUGGGCAUGCGUAUUAAGUGGCUCAAAUUUAUUUCAUUUGUUAAAAAGUUCCUCUUGAAAAAACGAAUACGACAACGUUGAUUUUCCCACAGCCUCCAUUCUCAGGAGCUAAAAUAAUAAAUUUUUUUUUUUUUGGUGGGGCGGGGGGGCGGGGUCUGAAAGCGACUUACUCAUUUGGUGUGAUAGAUGAGGCUCAUUCAGUUAUAUCUAAAGGAAGAGCUUGGGGAAUGAUUUUGGAGCAGAGAUAACAGAUGUAAAAGAUUAGGGAGCUUCAGCAAUAACGACGGCUACGGCUACGAAAACGUCACUUAAAAGUUGUAUUGACGCUGCUUCAAACUUUAUGGCGCUUAUUCCAUCUCGUUCAUUUCGUCAAGUGUUGCCAAUUUUUUUCUGGAGUUGAAAUCUAAUAGACUGUAUCGAAGUUCAGGAAAAGAAAAACAAAGUCGUUGUGUUGUGUCCACGUUCUCCACAAAACGUGAAAUUAGGCAGUUUCACGUCGUAGUCGUGCAGUGACGGCAAAGAAAUGUACAAAAAAGCGUUGCUUUUUGCCGUGCGCGUUGACGUCGCCGUCGUCGUUGCUUAAGCUCCCUAUUGAUACCAGAGGGGAGGGGGGGGGGGAACUAAGGGGCAGACAUACUUUAAGAUUAUUCAUUUUAAAUGCUUGGGUCCAGAUGAGAGAAGGAAAAUUCCCCUAGCCUGUCUCUUCGAAUCUCUGUUAGAUGCAAAGACAGACUAAACGAUGAGUGCGCUGCUUCUGAGCAGGCUUUGUAUAUCGGCUGUUAGGUUGAAGAAUGACGAUUUCAAGGUGCCAUUAUUCAUAAUAAACAAGGUGUGAUAUAAAUGUUAAUAACUGGUACUUUACUAGGGCAAACAGAUCACCCUGCUUUACGUUGGAGAAGACCAUGAAGGGCUCCGUAGCUGUACACUUAAAGCAGAAGUCUUUUGUUUACUAACUUGUGCUAUAUUUAUACAGCAAGCAUCAAGUUUGAAUGAUACUAAUCUCAGCAAAUUCCACGUUCUAUAACGGAACACUAGUGACAAAAUUUUCAUCUUCCUUGACAGAUACCAGAGCAAUACUCGGCUAUUUUCCGCUCUCAACGGUCCCAUUUAUUACCCAAGGACUGGAGCAAGAACCGGUCGUGCCUUAAGGAGUGCAUACAGGCGACUGUUUAGAAUAAGUAGGCGGUCACGAGCCUCGAAAGUGAUCGUGGUUAUUACUGACGGUGGCUCCAUCGAUGACGUGCAUGCCAUAUCUAAGCGAUUAAGAGCCCGCGGUAUCACGAUCUUCUCAAUAGGAGUGGGAAGGUACUUUAACGCAAAGGAGCUUGAUUCUAUGGCAACUGAUCCAGACAAGACCCACGUCUUUACGUCUGAUUUUAAGCAGCUGCAGUACAUUACCAACGAUCUAAAGAAAGCAAUUUGCUUAAGUAAGUAG